AGAUCAUAAACGCAGGCCCGGCCCCGAAGCAACGGAACGUGUCCAAAACGGUCACAGAAAGCUGCGGGGGAGUGUCAUCAGCCCAAUCCGAGUGCCUGGCUUGCUGGGCUUGUUUUGACGGCUCUUCUCUGCUCCGAGUGCCUCCCACUCUAUCCGACCCCACACCGGCGCCAUGGCCCACAAAACACAAACGCUCAAUACGACAGAUCUCAGUCGGUUGAGCGAAGAUGAUCGCAUCGCCGUGAUGCAGAUGGUCAAGGAGAACGAGCUCUCCGUAGAGGAAGCCAUUGCCAAGGUCAAGGGCCAAACCGGCACUGACCGCACCAUGACCCUCAGCAAGAUUGUGGGUGGCAAAUUCGAUCGUCGUAAGCGCAUGGCCUUUCGUAAGGAUCGUGGACGCCUCUACCUCGAGCUGCAGGCCGUCAAGGCCUCGGCGUUCUACGUCCUCGCCUGCACUGUCAAGCAAGGUCGUGACCUCUUGGCCAUGAACAAGAACAACACCGCCACACCCUUUGUCAAGGCUUACAUCACUCCGGAACUCAAGGACAAGUCGAGCAAGCGCAAAACCCAGCCUCGCAAGAAUACGGUCAACCCCAUGUACAACGAGCAGUUUAGCUGGGAAAUUCGCGCCAACACUGAUCUGGAUGCCAUGAAACUUCACAUCGAGGUGUACGAGCAUGCCGUGCUCCGGCGUUCGCAGUUCAUGGGCUCCAUGGCCUUCCCCUUGGCCGAAAUCUUUGAGGGCGGCUCUCUCCAGGGUUGGUUCCGCCUGCUCGAUCAAACCAAGGGCGACUUUCAGUUUAUCCCCUUCAAGCCCAAAGUCAAGAAUGAGGCCGCCAUGUCUACUCGUCCAAAGUCCAAGGACGUUGUCAAAUCCCAACCCGCCAAUGCCGAGCCCGACAAACCCCUUGCGCGCCAUGCCCCGGCUGCCAGCAAGCCCGUGCCGCCCAGUCCCGCUGCUCCCGCAUCACCGGCACCCCCCGUCGAUACCCUGGCAGGCAAGCAGAAGGUUCUUAGCAACGUCUCUGCAGGUAGCUUCAAGUUUUUGAAGGUCCUGGGUCAGGGUUCCUUCGGCAAGGUCCUUUUGGCCGAAGAGAAAGCCACCAAGGAGGUUUUUGCUGUCAAGAUUUUGAAAAAGACCGUCGUGGUUGAAGACGAUGACGUGGAAUGUACCAUGAUUGAGCGUCGCGUGCUCGAGCUGGCCGGCGGUAGCCCCUUCCUGACCAACCUGGUCGCCACCUUCCAGACCCCCGAGCACCUGUACUUCGUCAUGGAGAUGGUGACGGGUGGUGAUCUCAUGUUCCACAUUCAGAAGAAGCGCCGCUUUCCCACUGAACUGACCCGCUUCUACACGGGUGAAAUCUGCUUGGGCUUGUGGUUCUUGCACAAGAGCGGUGUCUUGUACCGUGAUCUCAAGCUCGACAACGUCAUGCUGGCUGGCGACGGACACAUCAAGAUUGCCGAUUUUGGCAUGUGCAAGGAAAAUAUGUGGGGUGCAGCCACCACCACCACCUUUUGCGGCACGCCCGGUUAUUUGGCUCCUGAAAUUAUCAAGGAGCUUCCCUACGGUGCUUCCGUGGAUUGGUGGUCUUUGGGUGUCCUGAUCUUUGAAAUGCUCCUGGGCGAUUCACCUUUUGAGGGCGAGGAUGAGGAUGAGCUGUUCAACGAGAUUCUCACCAAGAAGCUGUCCUAUCCCCCUCGCCUCGCACCCGAGGCCAAGGCCCUGUUGGACGGUUUUCUGCAGCGCGACCCCUCCAAGCGCCUUGGCUGCGGUCGCGAUGGCAAGAAGGAUAUCAUGGAACACCCCUUCUUCUCAAGCAUUGACUGGGCCAAGCUUGAGCGUCGUGAGAUCAAGCCGCCAUAUGUGCCCGAGACGCGUGAUCCUCGCGAGGCUGCCAACUUCGACCCCGAGUUCACCGAGGCCGACACAAGCCUGACUCCCUCCGAUCCCUAUGACAUUGCCAACAUUGACCAGGGCGUCUUCUCCAAGUUUUCCUACGUCAACGAGGGCUUUUUCACGGGCCAAAAACCCAGCACCCAGCCUCAGCGCCCAGCUCUUUUCGACUACGCCUGGUAUCGCCCAGACCUGCCUCGCGACGAGGCAGCCCGCCAGCUCAAGGGCCAAGAAGUGGGCACCUUUUUUGUUCGCGAAUCCUCAACGCAACCUGGCUGCUAUGCCAUUGCCAUGGUGUCCGAGAACAACAAGAUUUGGAACGGUCUGGUCACUCCCAGCGUGACUGGCGAUGGACGCGUUCUGUAUAAGCUUUUUGUCAAGCAAAAGUUUGAAAGUCUGCCUGAGCUUGUGACAUACUACACCCAACAUCCUGUCACGACGGGUCCUUCAGGCAAUCGCCUCUGCCUCCGUGCUUAACUGCAGACUUUUGAGCUCAGCCAGAUGACCUCCUCGACCAGCCCCUUCUCAACUCUCGGCUUUGUCACUAUUUUUUUUUGUGUGAUGUUCUCGUUCUUGUUGCUUUAUGUCACUGCACUUUGUCUAGUACUUUUUGCCAGUGUAUCGAAUGGCCUGCGCCUCGAUGGCGCAUCUGUUCUGGCAGCUUGAAGCUGCGAUUGCCUUGGUCAUUUGUGUAACGUGAUACGCCCUUGUGGCCUUUUCAUGUUCAUUCCUUCGUCAUGCCGUUGCCUGACACAUCCACUGUCACCCCUGCUUGUUGCGUGCCGUGCAUCGACUGCCGUGAUGCCUCGUGAGUGGUGUUGUUUACACGUUGAAUGUUUUCAUGUUGUGUUUCACCUGGUUUGUCAAGAUGCGUGCCAAUCACCUUGGCUUGGCUCGUCCAUGUCGUUUGUGCUUCGUUUCACUGACUCGUCUUCUUGCCAUUGCCUGCGGGUCCCCGUUCUUUUGGAGGUUGUCUUGCGCCAUAUCUUUGUCUGCAAGCCCACCAGCUCGGGUGCGAUUGUGCACUUUUUCCGUACGCAUGCGCACGAAUUCAACAUUUCUAUCUC